UAAAUUUUGUUGGGUGUACCAAAGAAAAAGAAGUAAAAGAUGAUGAAAUUAGAACUUCAGUCACUUGUCAGCGAUCCAACCUUAUCUGAUUCCCGCACCACCACAACCACCGCGCCCACAACCACUUACCAUGCCCUCAUCCUAUUGUACACUACAAAUCGUAACCCUAACCCUAACCCUAUGCCCAUCUCCAACUCCCACCCGAAAGCCAUGGCCGCGGAUGGACCAUCGGAGCGAGAUCAGGCGACACCGAUGACAGUGGCUGUUGUUAGCAAGUCAAACCCGGGCUCCACAUGGGCAGAUCUAGAAACUUCCCAUCUGAUCGAUGUGUACGAGGAGAAAUGGAACUCUUCUAAACGCGGCCCGCUCAGAGCAAAGCAGUGGGAGGACGUCGCCGUCGAAGUUGCCCACCGCUGCGGUCUCAACCGCCCAUCUAAGAGCGGCACACAGUGCCGCCAUAAGAUCGAGAAGCUCCGCAAGCGUUACCGCUCCGAGCGCCUCCGCCCUGUACAUUCCCUGUGGCCCUUCUUUGACCGCAUCGAUAGAAUGGAGCGUGGGCCAUUGCUUAUCUCCGCCCGCCCAACGCCACCAGCCCCCGCGUCGUCGUCCUCCUGCUCCGACUUCAAGUCUCCACUCAGCAACAAGCGGAGCGUCAACGGGAUUCUUGGAGAAGCGGUUCUGCGAGGGAGCGCCAGGGGUUCAGGAAAUGCGAGGCCGGCGAAGAGACUGGCUGACGUGGAAGAUGCGGAGGACAAUGAUGAAGAUAAUGAAGAGGAGGCUGACGAAGGGGGCGAUGGGAGAGGAGGAGGGCUUACUGAACUGGCAGCAGAGCUAAGGAGAUUUGGGGAGGGCUUUGUUAGGAUGGAAAGGAAGAGAAUAGAGAUGAUGAGAGAGAAGGAGCGAGAGUGGAUGGAGAUGGAGUCGAGGAGAUUGGAGAUGGUAAUGGAAGCGCAGCGAGGCCUAGUAGAGACUAUUGCCGGAGCAUUCUGGAAAAAGACAAAGAAUUCUGAGGAUUUGUGAGAAAGACAAGGCACUUUCGCUCUCUCAGCUCUUGCCAAUCGAACUUUGAUUUCGUUUUUCAUUCCAACAACGAGGUGGAAGCAAAUUUGGUUUAAAGGGUGCUCGACCAAGCAUUCUUUAUAUUGUUGGAUGGCUUGGUUAAAAGGCGAAAAAACUAAAGAUUAUCCAAAGAGGGGUUUGAUUGUUAAUAUUGAUUGAGAAACCCAUGAUUAUAUAUAUUUUUUAAUGCUUUCUCUAUGAAAUCGAUUAAAAGUUAACUGCUGAAUAGCCAGUUUUUUCUGCUCCGACCAAAUUAUCAAGUACAUAAGAAGCACCCUUGCCCACAACUCAACUAAAAAGCUUUAUUUCUUACUCAAUUUCAUAAUUAUUACG